AUGGAAAAUGUCAAAUCAUCUGAUUUUGAAAGCAUUUAUAACAAUAAAGUGUAUCAGGAAAUUGAAAUACUCAAUGGUCAUAAUAAUGAUCAAAUUGAAGAACUUGAAAAGAUCAAGUUAUCGGUUAAUAAAGAACUUUUAUCACUUGAGAAACAAAGAAAGCAUUUGCUGGCUGAAAUUGUCAAUUUAAAUGGAAAUCUUGACUAUUUAAAAACUAGUUAUGAUGUCGAAAAUAAUAAAGUUGAAAAUAUGAAACUAAAUUUAAAAAGCUUAUAUGUUCAGUUGGAGGAUAUGAAAAAAAAUAAUCAACCUUCUUUGUCAUACCCACUUAAAAUUUUAUCUCACCAGCUGGUCAAUGAAAUUCAAGAUAGUGAUUUUAUAAAUUCUUUCGCUGAUAUGACUCCAACCACACGACUAUCCGUUUUCAAACAUUGUAGCAUGAGUACUUGUUUUGAUUAUUCCAGAUGUUCCUUGUUUUCUCAAUUUCCAGUUUUUAUUUAUAAUUCAUCCUUUUCUUCUACAAUUUCAUCUUCUCAAUUGAAUCUUAAAAAAUAUUUGUUACUAAGCAAUCACAUAACCUUCAAACCUAAGGAAGCAUGUGUAUUUAUUCAUUUGAUAGACAAUAGUGACAUUUUUGAUGAUGAACUGUUAUUUCUAAGCCACUGGCAUCAUACAAAUGAACUUCACUGUGGAUUAAAUCAUGUAAUAGUCAAUUUACAAACAAAUUCAUCAAGUAAUAGGACAUUCUCAUAUCAUUUUAGCUUGUUCAAAAAAUCUAUCAUUGUUCAAAGUUUUUUCAAAAAGUCAUUGUUUAGAAAAGGUUUUGAUUUUGUUAUUCCUCCAAUUAAUGAAUUAAUUUUAUUACAACAAUAUGAUGAAAAUAAGUUUUUACCUAUGAUGGUCCCAGUCAAAAGAAAAUAUCUAUUAACUUUUUCUGGAGCUCUGACACAAAAUGAUGGAAGCAAAAAUAUGGAUUUAUACAAAAAGAUAAUUACAGUUCUUAGUGAUAUGCAACAAAAGUUUCAAAGGGAUGGCUUCUCAUUUGAUUUUGAAUGUAGAGUUGAUGAAAAAGUCUCACAUAUACAUAAUGAAAUGUUGAUCUGUGGUAACCAGUUUGAAAGACUUACCAUUUUAGAGCAAUCUACAUUUUCAUUGAUUUUAAUUGGCGACCUUAUAACAAAUGAAGUAGAUUUUACACUGUCCACAUCUACACUACAAAUUCGUUUGUUAGAAUCUUUAAGAUCUGGAGCUAUUCCUAUAAUUUUAGCAGCUGAAAAUGAUGUUGAACUUCCAUUUGCCAAUUUAAUCUAUUGGUCUGGAUCUAUUUUGUGGCUCUCAGUGGCACGCAUUACUGAGUUACACUAUGUAAUCAGAUCAGUUGUUGAUGAAGAUAUAUUAGAAAUGAGAAGUAGAGGCAGAAGAAUAUAUGAGACAUAUUUUUCAUCUAUCAACAGAUUUACUGAUUCGCUUCUUGCUGCAGUUAGAACUAGAGUUCAAAUACCACCACUUGUCUCAAAAGAUGAAAAUUCAUAUAAUUACUUUGAUGACUAUAAACCAAUAUUUAAACCGGUAACUAUCGAAACAUCUGAAACAGAUGAAGUACUUGGGCCAUUUGAAUCACCUGUGAAAUCACAAUUAUAUCAAAGAAAUUUUACAUCUUUUUUUUAUAUGCAUUCGUAUGAAAAAUUGAUUAAUGACUUUCAUUUGUACCCCAAUGUACCUUUCAAGUCACAUUUAUCCAUGGAUGCCCAAUAUUCAGCAGGUUCAGCUUACGGUUAUAGGCCUAUAGGAAAUGGAUUGGGUGGAUCAGGAGAUGAAUUCAAAGAAUCUUUAGGUGGCAACUUUCCGAAAGAACAAUUCACUAUUGUCAUAUUGACAUAUGAGCGAGAAACAGUAUUAUUAGCGGCAGUAGCAAAAUUCAAAAAUCUCCCUUAUUUGAACAAGGUUAUUAUUGUUUGGAACAAUAAUAAGCCCCCAUCUCGUGAUCUCAAAUGGCCUGACAUUGGAGUAAAAAUUGAGGUCAUGAGAACAGUGCAUAAUAGUUUAAACAAUAGAUUCCUUCCUUAUAGUUCCAUUGUAACAGAAGCUGUCUUGUCAAUAGACGAUGAUGUACACCUCAGACAUGAUGAGAUUGUUUUUGCAUUCAGAGUUUGGAGGCAGAAUAGAGAUCAAUUGGUUGGAUUUCCGGGACGAUAUGUUUCCUAUUACAAAGAUAUAAACAAGUUCAUGUACAAUUCAAACUACACCUGUGAAAUGUCUAUGGUACUGACUGGAGCUGCAUUCAUUCAUAAGUUUUACAUGUACAUAUACAGCAACAUAAUGUCACCUAUCAUUCGAGACAAAGUUGAUGAGUUUCUCAAUUGUGAAGACAUAGCAAUGAACUUUCUAGUUUCACAUAUCACUCGAAAACCACCUAUUAAGGUCACUUCCAGGUGGACAUUCAAAUGUCUUGACUGCCCAAAUACAUUGUAUGCGGAUGAGUCUCAUUUUGCUGAACGUCACCAGUGCAUCCAAUUUUUUACGAAAGUAUAUGGAUAUCUGCCUUUAUUAACAACUCAAUACAGAGCUGAUUCAAUUUUAUUUAAAACCCGUAUACCACACAACAAACAAAAAUGUUUCAAAUUUAUUUAG